AAUUUCGGAAGAUUCUUAUGUGUUGUUGUUUUUCUGUUCUUGUUGCCGUUGUUUGCUCGAUUCGUUUUAGUGUAGUUUUUUUUUUUCUUUUUUUUUUUUUAAUGAUUUGCUUGACGGUCUGUUUGGCUGCUUAGAAAACGGAGAAAAUUGAAAGAAACCAGAAUCGCUAACGUUGUUGUCGGACCCGACUUUUGGUUAAACUUUUUCUUUUCCCUUCUUGUGAAUGUUUCAAUGUCGGAUUGGCUGCUAAGAAGACGAAGGAAAAAUGAAAAACAGAAUUGUGAAUGUUGGUGUAAUUUUUUUUCCUUUUUCUGAUUCUCUUCACAGUGUGUUUUGUUGUUGAGAAGAAAAAUGAAAGAAACAGAAUUGUUAACGAUGUUUGCUCUGUUUUGAAGGGUUUUUUUUUUUUUUUCUGUCUUUUUUUUCUGAAGGAUUUUCUUGAGACUCCAUUUGGUUACUGAGAAAUCAGAGGAAGCAAAGAAACAAAAUUGUGAUAUUUAUGAUCUUCUGUUGUUCCUGUUUCUCAGCAAUCAAAGGAAGCCUUGAUCAAAUUGAUGCUUUUCUUCAUGAAUAUAAUGACAUAACUGGAGAUGGAAGAUGUUUGUUCAGGUCAGUGGUCUAUGGUGCUAGCCUGAGAGCAGGAAAGGCAUGUCCAAGUGAGAAAAUUCAGAGAGAACUUGCAGAUGAGCUCAGAGAAAAAGUUGUAGAUGAAUUCAUAAAGAGGCGAGCAGACACUGAAUGGUUUCUUGAAGGUGAUUUUGAUGAUUAUGUUUUAAGGAUGCGGCAGCCCCACAUCUGGGGAGGAGAACCUGAGCUGCUCAUGUCCUCACAUGUCUUACAGAUGCCUAUCACAGUGUACAUGUCAGAAAAGAACUCCAACGACCUUAAAGUUAUAGCAGAAUAUGGUCAAGAGUAUGGCAAGGAAGACCCAAUCUGUGUUGUAUAUCAUGGUUAUGGACAUUACGAUGCAUUGCAGAAUCCUGCCAGCACUAAAAAAUCCAAGUCGCGCAAGCAAAGAUGACCGCUCGUGAUUGAUUGGCUUGUUUAGCUUCUUAGAGCUUCUUAUACUCAGACCUUUGGCUGUCUGCGAUACUAAAAAUGAAUGUUGUUUCUCUUGUAAUAGCUAGCUUGUAAUGAUAGGAAAAACAGUGUAUGAUUGCAGAUGAUGAAGGCUUCUGAGUUGAAUUCCUGGUUGAUUUCAAGAAAAAUCUCAUGUACAACUCUGGAAUUUGGUAUCUCUAGAUAAUGAAAUUUAUUUUGUUAUUUCAA